GGGGUGGGAGGGGAAGCGUGAUGCAUUCGGCUGCUUCCUCGUGGGAGGAGCUGAACCAGUGUUGACAGCACUGGCCGGGUCAUCAGUGACCAGCGCCUGUUGGGAAUUCAGAAGUGACCGGCUUGAGGAAGUGGUGCAGAAUCCUCCUGGCUACAGAGUCCAGGGAGACCGGCUGAGGCAUGUAACAACAGGGAAGGAGGAAGGAUCAGGAACCCUCUGUACAAGCUGGUGGGCGUGUGUCUCUCUCUCCUGCUGAACUCAUCGCUCUUGGUGCAGAGUACAAGGGAAGUCUAACAGUGUGGAGCCUGACCAUGGGGACAGGGAGCCUAGUCUUAUUCCUGCUGCUGCUGUUGGCUCGUGUGGUGCAGGGGGAAGUGGUCCAGAAUUUUGACAAGUGCAGUUGGUUCUUCCAGGGUGGGGUGCCUCCUCGCCUAAAGGAGAGUCAGAACUGGUUCAGAAUCUGCCAGCGGUAUAAGAACCAUUACCACUAUGCCACUCUGUACAACAGCGGGCUGCGGAUCCCAGUCUACUCCGCCUACAGGUACCCCUGUAGCAUGGGCCAGAGUGCGGGCUACAGACCCAGCCCCUGGUUCUACGAACCGCAGAUCGACAAUCCUGCUAGUGAAAAUGAGAUGCAAAAAUGCAAUGUGCCUUCCAGUCACUUUCAGGCAGUUGAGUCCGAUUACCGGGAUAACAACUAUGACCGAGGCCAUCUGUACCCAUUCAAACUGAAUGACAAGACGAGUGCCACAAGUACAUGCACCCUCACUAACGCAGUACCCGAAAAUCAUGGUGCCAAUGUCAGGUGGCUUCACCAGGUUGAAUCCUUUGUCCGGAAGCUGGCACAGAUAUGCCACCAGUCCAAACGGACAAUGUACGUGGUGACAGGUGCUGACAAUCCCACACAAAUUAAAAUGAACAACAGAGUGUCAGUGCCUGGUCUGGUCUGGUCAGCUCUUUGCUGUACCUCUGCACAGGACCCGAAUAAUGAUCCUUGUCUAAGGGGCAAUGUGGUGUCAGAGAAAAUGGAUGCACCAACAUAUGAUAACGACUUUUCUUUCGCAUUCAUGAAAAACAUGGAACCAGAAGCAAAUGCUAAGCAUCUAAUGGUGAGGGAGGUACAGAAAAUCCUGGGAGUGGGCAAGAUCUUUGACAGGUGCCGGGGAACAACCAAAGAUGAUGAAGCAGAGACCUUCAAAGAGGUGGAAGCGUUGAUAUCCAAACUGGCAAUUAGCACAGAAGAUCAAGAGGACAUUUCUCUCCCGCUACCAGCAGAAGAGAACCCAGCAGCUGAUGGUGAUGAUCUGGCAACACAGCAAGCUGAUACACCAUUGGAACCAGCUAGCAAAGAGGUUGAUGAAGUCUGUGAGUCCACCAUUGUCAAUGCCUUGGCUCCAAUUGGAAGGAUGAUCUCCUUGGUCACCAAUGGGGUAUCAGCCUUUGCCAGACUCAUCACAACUGUUAUCAACAUUGCCCGAAUUCUGAUGGUGGCCAUUUUGAGAGUUCCCUUCGGGAUUAUCCAUGACUGUGCCGGCUGCCUGACCAUCAUGGUCAAGCAUCUGAUUGUCACAGUGGCCACGGUUCCCCAAGAUGUCUUGGGUAUCGUGGCCAGCAUUAUAUCGGACACUGCAGGUGUCAUUGCAUGGUCUGCCAGGCUGAUCAAAUAUCUUGUCAGAAUUCUGUAAUUUUUGCUGUUUGAAAGGUUAGAUCUUCACAUAAUACCAAAUUGAGACACUCUUUAUCAACAAUCCCAACUUCCAGGAGUCAACAUUUACAACCAGUUCCACCCUCUAUCCCAACUAUUAAAACAUGUCCUCCCUAAAACUCAUAACCUUUCCAACAUCUCUAUAAGCAUGUCCUCACUAAGUUCUGAAACCCAAGAGAAAUCUGCCUGGUCAAUAUUUAUUGCUUAACUAACAUCUCAGAAGUGAAUUUUGUUCUGGAUAAUGCCUGGUUUGCUUACUUAGGCACGUUUGCAGUGCAAUAUGUAUAUUACAACAUUGAACACACAACUCAUUCAUUCAUUCAUUCACUCAUUCACUCAUUCAUUCACUCAUUCAUUCAUUCAUUCAUUCACUUAUUCAUUCACUCACUCAUUCAUUCAUUCUUUCA